AUGAGUCUCGCCGAAGCGAUUAAACAGGCACUUUCCACUCUGAGCGAUGACCCAGUCAUCGAAUACGGGGAGCCAAUUCAAGAACUGCUUUUCAAUAAGCCCAACGACGCCAUUGCUUACGCUUAUGAACAACUGAAUGUGUUCCCAUUGCACAAGGUUCCUGAAUGCUGGCAUAACCUUUACACUGACGCGUCGAUCGUGAAAGCAUGUUACCUUAUCAUCCUCAACUGCGGUCUCGCUCCACAGUAUCCUCCUUUAGCUGAGAAGGCCCAAAUCAAUAUUGAAAAACUCACCGAGGAGCUUAAGGGCUACAAAGCAACUACAAAAAUCAAUAUUGAAGCGAGCUGGGUGAAAGAGGCUAUUCAUGCCCUUGACAUGACAUUGAUUAUGACGGGUGGACGUGGUCGCGAGCAGUUGAUUAACAGAUUAUUUUCUGAAAUCAAACUGGCCACGGACAAAUGGGGCGAUGAGCCUGUUGAAUCUGAAGAUUCUAUGAAACCAGAGGGCCCUCCCCAAAAGCGACAAAAGACCGUGCCAGACAUGCAUCCUACCAUGUUCCCCCCCACCUCAAUUCCCGAACCCCGUUUAGAUCACCCCAUUCCCCGGGUAUCAAAUCCUACCAUGGCGUAUAUGGAGAACCAUAUCGAAAAUAUCCGAACCCCGCUCGUGAUUACCGAUAAUGUCGACCACUGGCCUGCAAUGAAUACCCGGCCCUGGGCUUCGCGCGAAUACUGGUGGAAUCGCACACUGAACGGCAAACGUUUGAUUCCUGUGGAAGUCGGUAGAUCGUACACAGACGAAGAGUGGGGCCAGAAGAUUAUGGAAAUCCAAGAAUUUGCUAAGAAGUAUCUCUGGAAUGGCCACCAAGAUGACCAGUCACCUUCUGAGCAAGAGUCUGGCGAGACAGGGUACAUGGCACAACACGAUCUUAUGCGCCAGAUUCCCGAGCUCCGCAAUGACAUUGCAGUUCCUGAUUAUUGCUACAUUGAUCCGCCUCUUCCGGAGGCUGGAACUCCAGUGUAUCUCGCGAAACGACGCAAGCAGACCGAAUUGAAGGCUCAGAUCACUGAGACACUGCAGCUUUCUACCGACCCUGAAGAUGAGCAGGAACCGCCAUCACCGCCAUCUAUUGACGAUGAGUCCGACAAUAGCCCACAGACAAGCAUGCCUAGUGAGCCUCUUAUCAAUACCUGGGUUGGGCCCUCAUGGACCAUCUCCCCCUUACACCAUGAUGCCUACCACAAUAUCCUAGUACAGGUUGUCGGUACUAAGUACGUCCGUCUCUACUCACCACAUACCCCAGCUUCACAAAUCCACCCCCGUGAAUCUGAGUGGGUAACAUCAGCACCGGAGAAGGGUGCGCCAGACCAGAAACCCACAAAGAGACUGAUUGACAUGUCCAACACCUCCAAGGUCGAUAUUGCAGCGAUCGAGCUGUCACCCGCAGAGGCUGAACACUGGGAGGAGCAGUGGCCUGGCUUCCAGAAGGCGGAGUACGUUGAGACUGUCCUGCAUGAGGGUGAGUGCUUGUACAUUCCAAUCGGGUGGUGGCACUACAUCCGUGGACUGCGUGCUGGCGCUAGUGUUAGCUUCUGGUGGGAGUCCAUUACUCUUUGA